AUGUCGCUUAAAUUGCAGAAAAGGUUAGCAGCUUCUGUUUUGAAAUGUGGAAAAAAUAAAAUAUGGAUGGACCCAAAUGAAAUCAGCGAGAUAUCGCUUGCUAAUUCGAGAUUUAGCAUAAGGAAAUUAUAUAAAGAAGGAUUAAUUUUAAAAAAACCGCAAAAGGUUCACAGCCGAGCAAGGGUAAGAUUGUACAAAUUAGCAAAAAGGAAAGGUAGACAUAUGGGUAUAGGUAAAAGAAAGGGUACGAAAAAUGCAAGAACAAAUCAAAAAACAUUGUGGAUUAAACGUCAACGUGUUUUGAGAAGAUUAUUAAAAAGAUUAAGAGAAGCCAAAAAAAUUGAUAGACAUAUAUAUCAUUCCUUUUAUUUAAAAUGUAAAGGAAAUCAGUUUAAAAACAAAAGAACAUUAAUCGAAGCCAUACAAAGAGAAAAAGCGGAAACCCUGAAAAAGAAAUCCAUAGCUGAUCAGUUGGAAGCAAAAAGAUUGAAAGCACAAAUUUUAAGAAAUAAGAGAAAGAUGAAAAAAGAAAAGGAGGCUGUAUCGUAA